AGUAUUAUAUUAUACAUAGAGUAGUUUUUCUGAUUGUAACAUUAGCAUCAUCAUAACAUUAUUACCUCUCCCUACCCACUCUAUAUAAACACAACACAUUAAGUUUGUGCACCAAAUUAAAGUAGCUACCAAUCAACCAUACAGAGAGAGUUAGCACUAACAUAUAUAGUUUUGAGGAUGGUGUUGAAAGUGGAAUUACUUUCCAAAGAGAUGAUGAUGAUCAAGCCAUCAUCACCAACUCCACCUCACCUCAAAACCCUCAAACUAUCCUUUAUUGAUCAAACCUCGCCGCCCUUUUUAGCCCCUUUCGUCUUUUUCUUCAAUCAUGCUUCUGCAGAUUCAUCACAACUGCUGAAGCAAUCUUUAUCGAAGGUCUUGACCCUGUUUUAUCCCUUAGCUGGACGGGUCAGAGGAAACGAUUUCAUUGAUUGUAGUGAUGAUGGCGCGCUAUGGGUUGAAGCUCGCGUUCAUGGCUUCCUCAAAGAUGUGGUUGAAAAUCCAUUAAUGGAGGAAAUAGAAAAGUUUCUUCCCCUAGAGCCUCAGAAAGGUGAUGAUAGUGAUUUUAUGCUUGCUGUUCAAGUAAAUUAUUUUCUUGACGGCGGAAUAGCGGUCGGGGUUUGCGUGUCGCACAAGAUCGCCGAUGCACUCUCUAUGGUCAACUUUGUCAAUGCAUGGGCUCUCAUUGCCCGUGAAGGAGACGCCGCCGAGAUCUCGCCGCCCAAUUUCGGGUUGGUGUGGCCUCUCUUCCCGCCAACCACGAUGGACUUAACCGGGUCUGAAUUCUCAGCGACCCUUGGCAUGACGACGAGGGAAAAGGUGGUCACCAGGCGCGUCGUGUUCAACAAAGAAAACCUGGCAGCUCUAAAGAAAUCUGCGGCGGCAGAGUCAUCGAGAGUGGGAGACCCCACCCGCGUGGAGGCCGUCUCCGCCUUCCUGUGGAAGCAUUUCAGGGAGGCCAACAGAAAAAAAUUCCAACACGGUUCCGUGAAGAAAACAUUCCGGGCCACCCAGAACGUGAACCUCCGAGCGAGGAUGAAUCCGCCGCUCCCGGAUACGACGUUUGGGAACCUAUGGAGUCUGGCAUAUACUACGGAAACAAGCCCAGAUGACGACGACGACCUGGUGUUUCAACUGAGAACUUCCAUAAGGGAAAUCAACGCGGAAUACAUAGAAGCUUUGCAGAACGGGAAAGGGCGUCCGGAACAUCUCCGAAAAUUGCAUGAAUGUUACAGCGGCGAAGGGGAAGCUAAGUUCUUAGAAUUUACUAGCUUGUGCAGGUUUCCAAUAUACGAGGUAGAUUUCGGUUGGGGAAGGCCUGUUUGGGCGUGCAUAACAAAUUUGCUCUGGAAGAAUCUCAUUGUAUUGAUGAGCACCAAAUGUGGGGAUGGGAUUGAAGCUUGGAUUACCAUGGGUGAAGAAGAUGAUAUAUAUAUGGGAGCAGGGAGAUUGACACCCAGGCCAAAACUAUAGUAUUAUAUUAUAUUGUCUGAUCCAAUUAGCUAGACUUAUUUUGUUUGAAUAAAAUUAAAUAUGAAAUACUACUCAUAAUAAUUACGGAGUAUAAGAUGUAUGGUCGUUAUCCCAGUUUUUCAUAUUUUAGUGUUAGUUGUAUGUGGGUUUUCCAUUUCUAUUUAUUAAUGAGAAUGUAGUUCUUGUA